AUGUCUUCGUCUGUUCAUAUCUAUCUAUCUAUCUAUCUAUCUAUCUAUCUGUCUGUCUGUCUGUCUGUUUGUCCCUCUCUUUAUUACUUACCAAAUUAUUUUAAUUUUGGCAGGAUUUUCUUUCACUUGUCAGGAAUGUAUUUUCUUCUCUUUCCUUCUUUCUUCGGAUUUCUUUCUUUCUUCUCUUUCCUUAUUUCUUCAUCUUUGUUUAUUCUCAUUCCUUAUUUAUUUAUUCUCCUUCUUUCUUUCUUUUCGUUCCUUCUUUCUGACUUCUCUUCCCUUAUUUCUUUCUUCUUCCUGCUUCUUUGUUUCUUCUCUUUCCUCUUUUUUUUCUUUUUAAUGCUUUCUUCUCUUUCAUUAUUUCUUUCUUCUUCCUCCUUAUUUCUUUCUUCUCUUUCCUUAUUUCUUUCUUCUCUUUCCAUAUUUAUUUCUUCUUCUUUCUUUCUUCUCUUUCCUUAUAUCUUCCUUCUUCCUGUUUAUUCUUUUCUUCUCUUUCCUAAUUUCUUUCUUCUUGUUUCUUUCUUCUCUUUCCUUAUUUCUUUCCUCUUUCUGCUUCUUCUUUCUUUCUUCUCUUUUCUUUCUUCUUCCGGUUUAUUUCUUUCUUCUUCUUUCUUUCUUCUCUUUUCUUUCUUCUUCCGGUUUAUUUCUUUCUUCUUCUUUCUUUCUUUUUUUUCUUUCUUCUUCCGGAAUGUAUUUUCUUCUCUUUCCUUCUUUCUUCGGAUUUCUUUCUUUCUUCUCUUUCCUUAUUUCUUCAUCUUUGUUUUAUUCUCAUUCCUUAUUUAUUUAUUCUCCUUCUUUCUUUCUUUUCGUUCCUUCUUUCUGACUUCUCUUCCUUAUUUUUUUCUUCUUCCUGCUUCUUUGUUUUUGUUUUCUCUUUUUUCCUUUUUUUUCUUUUUAAUGCUUUCCUCUCUUUCAUUAUUUCUUUCUUCUUCCUCCUUAUUUCUUUCUUCUCUUUCCUUAUUUCUUUCUUCUCUUUCCAUAUUUAUUUCUUCUUCUUUCUUUCUUCUCUUUCCUUAUAUCUUCCUUCUUCCUGUUUAUUCUUUUCUUCUCUUUCCUAAUUUCUUUCUUCUUGUUUCUUUCUUCUCUUUCCUUAUUUCUUUCCUCUUUAUGCUUCUUCUUUCUUUCUUCUCUUUUCUUUCUUCUUCCGGUUUAUUUCUUUCUUCUUCUUUCUUUCUACUCUUUUCUUUCUUCUUCCGGUUUAUUUCUUUCUUCUUCUUUCUUUCUUCUCUUUUCUGUCUUCUUCCGGUUUAUUUCUUUCUUCUUCUUUCUUUCUUUUUUUUUUCUUCUUCCGGUUUAUUUUUUUUUUUUUCUUUCUUCUUUCUUUCUUCUCUUUUCUUUCUUCUUCCGGUUUAUUUCUUUCUUCUUCUUUCUUUCUUUUUUCCUUUCUUCUUUCGGUUUAUUUAUUUCUUCUCCUUUCUUUCUUCUCUUUUCUUUCUCCUUCCGGUUUAUUUAUUUCUUCUUCUUUCUUUCUUCUCUUUUCUUUCUUCUUCCGGUUUAUUUUUUCUUCUUCUUUCUUUCUUUUUUUUCUUUCUUCUUCCGGUUUAUUUCUUUCUUCUUCCUGUUUAUUUCUUUCUUCUUCUUUCUUUCUUCUCUUUUCUUUCUUCUUCCGGUUUAUUUCUUUCUUCUUCUUUCUUUCUUUUUUUUCUUUCUUCUUCCUGUUUAUUUCUUUCUUCUUCUUUCUUUCUUCUCUUUCUUUCUUCUUCCGGUUUAUUUCUUUCUUCUUCUUUCUUUCUUUUUUUUUUUUUUCUUCUUCCGGUUUAUUUCUUUCUUCUUCUUUCUUUCUUUUUUUCUUUCUUCUUCCUGUUUAUUUUUUCUUCUUCUUUUCUUUCUUCUCUUUUUCUUUCUUCUUCCGGUUUAUUUCUUUCUUCUUCUUUCUUUUUUUUUUUUCUUUCUUCUUCCGGUUUAUUUCUUUUCUUCUUCUUUCUUUUUUUUUUCUUUCUUCUUCCUGUUUAUUUCUUUAUUUUCUUCUUUUCUUUCUUCUCUUUUCUUUCUUCUUCCGGUUUAUUUCUUUCUUCUUCUUUCUUUCUUUUUUUUCUUUCUUCUUCCGGUUUAUUUCUUUCUUCUUCUUUCUUUCUUUUUUUUCUUUCUUCUUCCUGUUUAUUUCUUUCUUCUUCUUUCUUUCUUCUCUUUUCUUUCUUCUUCCGGUUUAUUUCUUUCUUCUUCUUUCUUUCUUUUUUUUCUUUCUUCUUCCGGUUUAUUUCUUUCUUCUUCUUUCUUUCUUUUUUUUCUUUCUUCUUCCGGUUUAUUUCUUUCUUUCUUCUUUCUUUCUUCUCUUUUCUUUCUUCUUCCGGUUUAUUUCUUUCUUCUUCUUUCUUCUCUUUUCUUUCUUCUUCCGGUUUAUUUCUUUCUUUCUUCUUUCUUUCUUUUUUUUCUUUCUUCUUCCGGUUUAUUUAUUUCUUCUUCUUUCUUUCUUUUUUUUCUUUCUUCUUCCGGUUUAUUUAUUUCUUCUUCUUUCUUUCUUCUCUUUUCUUUCUUCUUCCGGUUUAUUUCUUUCUUCUUCUUUCUUUCUUCUCUUUUCUUUCUUCUUCCGGUUUAUUUCUUUCUUCUUCUUUCUUUCUUUUUUUUCUUUCUUCUUCCGGUUUAUUUCUUUCUUCUUUUUUCUUUCUUUUUUUCUUUCUUCUUCCGGUUUAUUUCUUUCUUUCUUCUUUUUUUUUCUUCUCUUUUCUUUCUUCUUCCGGUUUAUUUCUUUCUUCUUCUUUCUUCUCUUUUCUUUCUUCUUCCGGUUUAUUUCUUUCUUCUUCUUUCUUUCUUUUUUUUUCUUUCUUCUUCCGGUUUUCUUUAUUUCUGUUUUCUUCUUCCUUCCUUCUUUAUUCUCUUUCUUUAUUUUUCUCAUUCCUUAUUUCUUCUUGGUCAUUCUUUCUUUUCAUUCCUUACCUAAUUAUUUUGGUUCCUUAUUUCUUUCUUCUUCAUCCUUCUUUCUCUUCUUUCUUUUUUUUUUCUUUUUGCUUUUUUUUUUUUCCCUUCUUCCUUCACUUUUUUCUUGCUUGCUUUCUAUCUUCCUUCUUGCUUUUUGUCUUUUCAUCAUUUCCUUAUAUCUUUUUAAUUAUUUCUUUAUUCAUUGUUUCUUUUUCACUCUUUCCCUGUUUGCUUUCUUUCCUCCCCUCCUUUUUUUUUCCUUUGUCCCCUUUUGUUCCUUCCUUUUUGACUUCAUUCCACUUUUAA